CUAAAGCUGUAGAUUGGUGCCUCUCUCUCUCUCUCUCUCUCACUGGUGCUCUGUCUCUCAUUCAUUCCUACACACAGGCUCACACACCUCCCCUCUCCUCUCUUUCUCUCUCUCAGAAUGAUGAUUCUAGGUACAGCUUUUGGUAUGGUUUUCUAUUUACUUCAAGUCGUUUCUGGAGAAAGUGGCUAUGCACAGAAUGGAGACUUUGAUGAUGCCGAACUGGAUGACUAUCCAUUCUCGUGUUACAGUCAGUUGGAAGUGGAUGGAUCCCAGCACUUGCUGACCUGUACUUUUGACGACCCAGAUGUCAACAGCACCAAUCUGGAAUUUGAAAUAUGUGGGGCUCUUUUGGAUGUGAAAUGCCUGACUUUUAAUAAAAUGCAAGAGAUGUAUUUCAUCAGGACAAAGAAAUUCUUACUGAUUGGAGACAGCGAAAUAUGUGUGAAGCUUAAAGGAAAAAAGAUAACUUGCAGGAAAAUGAACGUAGUCAAGAUAGUUAAACCUGAGGCUCCUUUUGACAUAAGAGUCAUCUAUCGUGAGGGAGCAAAUGACUUUCUGGUGACAUUUAACACAUCUCACUUACAAAAGAAGUAUGUGAAAGAAUUAUUGCAUGAGGUAGCCUAUCGCCAGGAAAAACAUGAAAAUGACUGGAUGCAUGUGAACUUAUCCAGUACAAAGCUGGCACUCCUACAGAGAAAGCUACAACCUGAUGCAAUGUAUGAGAUUAAAGUCCGGUCCAUUCCUAAUCAUGACUAUUUUGAAGGCUUCUGGAGUGAAUGGAGUCCAAGCUUCCACUUCAGAACUCCAGAGAUCACAGGGAGGAUGGAUCCUAUUUUACUAACUAUUAGCAUUCUGAGUUUCUUCUCUGUGUCUCUGAUGGUCAUCUUGGCCUGUGCAUUAUGGAAAAAAAGAAUUAAACCUAUUGUGUGGCCCAGUCUCCCGGAUCAUAAGAAGACUCUGGAACAACUUUGCAAGAAGCCAAAAAAGAAUUUGAAUGUGAGUUUCAAUCCUGAAAGUUUCCUGGACUGCCAGAUUCAUAAGGUGGAUGGCAUUCAAGCUAAAGAUGAAGCCGAAGGCUUUCUGCAAGACACUUCUCUUCCACAACCAGAGGAGUCUGAAAAGCAGAGGCUUGUAGGGGGUGUGCAGAGCCCCACCUGGCCAUCUGAGCAUGCAGUCAUCACCCCAAAAACGUUCAUAGGAGAUUCACCCCUCGGAUGCCUGGCUGGGAAUGUCAGUAUGUGUGAGGCCCUUGUGCUCCCAUCUUCCAGACCCCCAGACUUCAGGGAUGGUGACAAGAAUGGGCCUCAUGUAUACCAGGGCCUGCUGCUUGUCCCUGGAACUACAAAUGGCCCUGGGCCCACUCCAUUUCCUUUCCAAUCAGGAAUCCUGACAUUGAACCCAGCUGCCCAGGGACAACCCAUUCUCACUUCCUUGGGAUCGAGCCAGGAAGAAGCCUAUGUCACCAUGUCCAGUUUCUACCAAAACCAGUGAAUUUUCAGAAACCCAGGACUGGAACCAUGAUGACUGACAAAGAUGACUGAGCUCUGCCUACUCAUCCUCGAAGCACAAAGAAGACAGAAUUAAGGCAAGCCCUCCAUAUCAUCUACAGGAUUCAGAAGCAUGGCUUGGAUCACUCCUUUUCACUCCAGGGGCAUUUGGCUUGAGGCAGGAGCACUCUGCUUCAGGCAACCCAAAUUAUUCCAUUAUUUCAGGAAAAAAAAAAACAGGAAAGAAAGAAAGAAAGGAUGGAGGAGAGAAGGGAGGGGGUAGGAAGGCAGGAAGAGGGCAAGGAAAGAAAGAGGAAAAGGAGAACAAGGAUGAUAGCUAUCAUUGUUAAGACUUACUAUAUACCAGUGGGCUCUACGUACCUUGUCUCCCUACAUCCUCAUAGUAAUCCCAGGCAUUGGUACAAUUAUUAUCAUCAUUAUUAUUAUUAUUCUCUUUUUUAACAGACGAUGGAAUGGA